AUGAUCCUACUGAAGAAGUGGUUGGAGAGGAUGGUGGCUCUAAGCAAGAAACAUACUUGCAUUCAGCUUCAGGAACCAACGAAGUCGCAGUGUCUUGCGAGCUUUAUAGACUGCACUGGCAAUGCAGGCAUGCGCCAAGCUGUGUGUGUUGUCUGCACGUCAGAAGUCUUUCUCGUCAAUACCGAGGAAGUCAUUUUGGCAGACCUUCCCAAGUCCCAUCUCUUAAUCCCUUCAAUACGACAUCCAGCACAGCGUCUCGUUGAUGCUAAUGGUCUUUGGGUCGGUGAAACCCCACCGGAAUGUGCCAUUUUGACGUUUCCGGAAAGAUUGUUGAUUGGCUUGUACUUCCCAGUGUCGUUCAUAGUCAAAUUGUACCCUCAGAUGAAAGGCUCGCGGAACUGGGAUACAUCAUCUUUGAACAGUGGUAUUCGUGGUAACGUCUCGACUUAUCGCUUGAAUACAGAUGAUGUUGCUGCGAUGGUGGAAGGCCGUCUACUUCCUCAAGUACCAGACAUUCUACCUGCCACUAUUGGCAUUACUAUCAUCGGACCACAGAACCUUCCUGCUCGUAUCUCCCUUAGAGAGAAUCCUUUGUAUUGUGAUAUAAUGAUUUCUGAUGCUCAUCUCGCCCCUUUACCUAUGGAUCCUGUUGUUCCUCGUGAACUUCUGGCUGUUGUCAAACACUCUAGCGACACCCACUUACUCGACCGAGAACGGGACGAAUAUGUGGUAGAAGAUGAUGACGAGGAUGACAAUAGCGAGGCUCCUGGAGCUGCCUUUCAAACUCAUGCAGUGAUGCAAGGAGAUACCGAGGUUGAAGAGCAAGUUCCUGAUCCUUGCAUCGUUCCUCUCCAAGCCAAUGGUGUUAUUGACGUUGAAGCAUCCCAUUUGUCAAACCAAGACAUUCUUGUUCAUGCGCUUUCCAACGUUGGUAAUGCUGCCUGUGAAUCAUAUGCUGUCCGUCACGGGGGAUUUGUCAAUGAGUAUGAAAGGCGCAACGACGAGGGUAAUCGUUCUCCGGGCGACACAGAGAAUCCUAAUCAUCUCUUGGGCACUUUUCCUCACCUUUUCCCUUAUGGUAUGGGUGGAUUUGAAACCGCUUGUCCUUGUACAGUGUCUUACGAAGCUCACGCGAAGUGGACUAUGCAGUAUGCUGACAGAUGGUUUCGCCAAGACCUACAUUUCAUGUUUCAAGUUUUUGGUGUCAUUCAAAAAUGUCAAGCAUUCACACAAUUAACUCCCAGAGAUUUCUUGGCAGCAAGUCAGGAAGAGUCGAGGAAGCAACUGCUUUCUGAUCCUACCGUCCAGUUGUUGAAACAUCAUCUCAGUGCUGUCUGUACUAAAGUAGUGGGUACGGAUGAGUCUCAAACGAAGGUUCGAUCUUACAUUUGGGGUAUGAUGGUUAUGAAAAAUCCUCCCUUGUUAUGGAUCACUAUCAAUCCUACCGAUACACACGAUCCAAUCGCUCAAGUCUUUGCCGGCGAGGACAUUGAUCUCGAUCAGUUUGACGCCAACACUGGUCCUGAUUCCACUUGGCGUGCAUUCAUCGUUGCUAAUGAUCCUUACACUGCUGCCAAAUUCUUCCGAUUUAUGGUCUAUGCAAUCUUGGAAGAACUGUUCGUGGAGAGUUAUAUUGGCACUGUUGAAGCUCAAGGUCGCGGAACAUUGCACUUACACAUGAUCGUUUGGCUUUGA